AUGGGAUUCAUUUGUAAAAAAAAAAAAAAAAAAUUUUUUCUUCCAGCAUCCAACGAGAUAAUUGAAGAAACAAAUUUUUCUGGAAUAAUUGAUCCAAGUGUCGAAUGGCAUUUGCUUAAUCAUCCUGGACAAACGGCUCAACUCACGUACAGGAUCCGAGUUCAAUGCGAUAUUUAUCAUUUUAAUCAAACCUGUACGAAAUUUUGCAAACCACGUGAUGAUAAUUUCGGUCAUUAUAUUUGUGAUAGAAAUGGUGAUAAGAAAUGUAUCGAAGGUUGGAAAGGUCCUAAUUGCGAUAUCGCCGUUUGUAAAUCCGGAUGUCAUCCACUCCAUGGAAAAUGUGAUCAACCCGGAGAUUGCGAUUGUCGUCUUGGAUGGAGAGGAGAAUUUUGCGAUCAGUGUUCACCUUAUCCAGGAUGUAAACAUGGAUAUUGUAACGGAACGCCUUGGCAAUGCAUAUGCGAUACAAAUUGGGGUGGAAUUUUAUGCGAUCAAGAUCUCAAUUAUUGCGGAACGCAUGAACCAUGUUUGAAUGGUGGUACGUGUGAAAACACGGCACCCGAUCAAUACCUAUGUACCUGUUCUGAAGGUUUUUCCGGUGCCAAUUGUGAAAUUGUAGAUAAUCCAUGUGCAACGAGUCCUUGCGGUAAUGGUGGAACAUGUCAAGAACUUGGUUUAAAUGGACAAUUUUCGUGUACCUGUGCACCAGGUUGGACGGGUCAAACAUGCAGAAUCAAUAUAGACGAAUGCGAAUCGUCACCUUGUUUAAAUGGUGGAACUUGCGUUGAUCUCGUUGAUAAAUUUCAAUGUAGUUGUCCAUCGGGAUGGGAAGGAUAUGCCUGUCACAUAGAUGUCGACGAAUGUAAAAACAAUCCAUGCACGAAUGCCGUAUCGUGUCAGAAUCUUAUCGGUGAUUACCAAUGCAAGUGUCAGAAAGGAUGGUCGGGUAAAAAUUGCGAACAUAACAUAAACGAUUGCGUAGGACAAUGUCAACACGGUGCCACGUGUAUCGAUUUGGUAUCGGAUUAUCAUUGCGCUUGCAUGCCUGGAUAUACCGGAAGAGAUUGUGCCACGGAUAUUGACGAAUGCGAAAGUAAUCCUUGUCAAAAUGGCGGAGAAUGCGUGGAUUUAGUUGAUGGUUUUCGAUGUAUUUGUCCCCUGGGUUUCAGCGGUACUCAGUGUCAGAUCGACAGAGAUCAUUGCACUCCAAAUCCAUGUGAAAACAAAGCUCCUUGUUUUAAUACUCAAUCCGAUUACUAUUGUCGAUGUCCCGAUAGUUGGAUCGGGAAAAACUGCAGUACGCCUCGUGUUAAGUGCAAGACUCAACCUUGUAACGUAUUUGACGGUUGCGCUUUACCCGUCGCAUCGAGAAAUAUCAGCAAAGGUUUUGCUUCGAAAGCCAGAGUUUGUGGUGGUCAUGGAAGAUGUGUCGGACAAAGUGAAGGAGGUUUUCAUUGCGUUUGCGAUUCCGGUUAUACCGGAAAGUAUUGCCACGAAAAUAUAAAUGAUUGCACCAUGAAUCCAUGUCUUAAUGGGGGUACGUGCGUGGAUAAAAUCCAUUCGUUUCAAUGCAUUUGUGAAGAAGGAUGGGAAGGGGAAAUUUGUUCGAUAGAUAAAAACGAAUGUCAACCGAAUCCUUGUAAAAAUAAUGGAAGUUGCACGGAUGCCAUUGCCGAUUAUUUGUGCACGUGUCAAAAUGGAUGGAAAGGAAGAACGUGUAAUUUGAGAGAUAGUCAUUGCGACAGGCACACAUGUAAAAACGGUGGCACUUGUCAAGACUUGGGCACCACAUACAUGUGCUUGUGUCCUCCAGACUGGGAAGGAACAACGUGUCAUAUAGCUAAAAACAACGCUUGCAAAUCAUAUCCGUGUCAAAAUGGCGGUACUUGCCUCAACACCGGAAAUCAUUAUACAUGUAUUUGUAAAGAAGGAUACGAAGGACAAAAUUGUCAACAUGAUGUUGAUGAUUGCUCAACGCAACCUUGUCUUAAUGGUGGUCGCUGCAUAGAUGGUGUCAAUUGGUUUUUAUGUGAAUGCGCACCUGGAUUUGCAGGACCCGAUUGCCGUAUGAAUGUCAACGAAUGCGCUUCCGAACCUUGUGCUCACGGAUCAACUUGUAUCGAUUCCAUUGGUGAAUUUAAAUGUAAAUGUCCGCCGGGAAGAACAGGUUCAAGAUGUGAAAUUCUGGAAGAAUUAGCUUAUGCGAGAGGUUCUUGCUUCUGGGAAGGACAAUACUACGCGGAUAAUUCCACUUGGAUGAGUGCUUGCAAUACUUGCAUGUGCACUUCAGGUGUCGCAUUUUGCACUCAGGUUUGGUGCGGACUCGGAAACUGUCUCGCUCCUGUACAAAGAUCUCGCGACGCAACGAAUUGCAACACGAAUCAAGUAUGCGUACCUUCUUCGAGGGAAUCUUGUUUGAGCCCGGUUUGUGCUCCUUGGGGUGAAUGUAGAGAUUUGGAGAGCAAUCGUCGCGUCGGGCCACCAUCUUUUCCGGCACCCGUGACUUGUUGGCCAAAUCAAGCAAUAUUAAGUAAUACCUGUGCUAGACUUACUCUAGUCGUAGAAAAAUCAAGAUUAAACACGGGGGUGACAACAGAAACAUUGUGCAUCGACUUGAGACGCCUUGUUGUUGCCAAUCAAGCACUCAUGAGAAAAAAAGACGCUUUAGUUAUCCUUUGUGAUCUCAAACAAGAUUAUAACGAUACCAUCGAAGUAACAGUGUUCCUCUCGAAACAAAAUUCAAUUCAAGAACAAAGAGUGUCAGAAGCGGUUAGAAUUCUCGGAGAAUCCAUUAGCAGAAAAGCUACAGCACUUUCCCUAUCGGCUAUAGUCGAAGUAAAAGUUGAAACUGCACUAGUGAGCGAAGACAAACAAGGAAAUGGGUAUCUGAUAGCACUUGUUUGCGUCGUCGUCAUUCUCGUUGCCGCAGCAGCCUUAGCAUCGCUAUUUUACUGGCACCAAUUGCGAAGAGACGUUGUUUCCUUGAGUUCCGGAGCACUCACGGAUUCAUGCAGUAGAAAUCACGAUGAUGAAAAAUCAAACAAUUUACAAAACGAAGAAAAUUUAAGAAGGUACACGAAUCCUUUGAGAGAAGAAAGCAUCAACACGAUCGGUGGAAGUCUUGCUAAUUUAGGAAGUUUGAGAAAUUCAAAAGGAUUCAUGAUGAAACCUUCCGUGAGCGCCAUAGAUUUGACACCCAAAGUAAGUUUGGUACGUCCCAUGUCGUCUUUGGGUGCAUCCGCAUCAAGUUCGGAAAUGUUAGAAAUGAUAACGGAAAACGAUUUGAAAUCCGAUAAUAAAGAAGGAUUAAAAGGUUCGUGUGAAAAAUUAAAAGAAAAAAUGCUGUUGGAAGAAAGGUUGACGGCUGCGGAAAAAUUAACCCUCGAAGAAAGGUUGGGACAACUCGCAACUUCGAGUACUCACAGAUCGAGUCAGAUACUCCUUUACAAACCCCAAAACACGGAUGUUAGAAACAACACGGCUGGAACGUUUGAAGAUUCAUCGAGUCAUAAAGACUUUUCUAAAAGUAUAAUAAAUUUAAAAAAUUCCGGGUCUAGUACCGUAUCAAGGACGUUACAACAACCUACCCCCCAAGUUGAUCGCGGAGGGCCGCCCCCCGUUGAUAUAUUAACAAUACUUGUUUAG